AGCGCCGAGCUAUUCCACCAGCCGCUCUACGGGCGCGGUGCCCCGCCGCGCCGGCCGAGCGAUGCGCUCUGCCGCUCUGCUGAGCGGGUCUGUGCCGGUUCCGCGGGCCGCCGAGCGAGGGGUUUGCCCAGCAUGUCUCCAGUGGCAGAGAAGGACAGGCCAGUUGUUGAGCUCCUGCUGGAGGCUGGCACGUGCCCACGCUGUGUGCUGAGGUUCUGCUGCGUGGGCUCCCAGCUGCUCUACAGACACCCAGCCCAGGAUCUGCUGAAGGAUCUGCAGGAAUUUCUGAAGAACAGCCAGGAGAAGGAAGGCACAGGCUGUUUGGAUGUGGCUGACCCACCCUGUAAGAGAAUCAGGCUUGAGCACAGCAAGGAGGAAGGUGCUGAUGACCUGACCCACAACGGGGCUGUCCCACAGCUUCCCUCAGCUGGGAAUGCUGAGAGCUCGGCUGGCAAGGUUUGCAACGUGUGCUUGGGGAUUCUCCAGGAGUUCUGUGAAGCUGACUUUGUUAAAAAGGUGUGCCAAAAGGUUAAUUCUGCUGACUACCAGUUCACCAGUUUUGUAUUUUCUGUGUCACUACCCCCACAGCUGUCUGUCAGGGAGCGUGCUGCUUGGCUGGGGGUGAAGCAGCAGAUGAGAAAUCUGGGCCUUCCCUUGGCAAAGGAUGACAUCGUUCAGCUGAAGGAGGCUUAUAAGUGGAUUAUUCAUCCCCAGCUGUCAGAAGAGUUGGGUGUUCCUGCUGAUGGAAAGAGUUUGUUUGAAGUUAGCGUGGUCUUUGCUCACCCAGAAACAGACGAGGAGUGCCAUUUCCUAGCCACAGCCUGCCCAGACUGUUUCAAACCAGCGAAGAACAAACAGUCUGUUUUCACCAGAAUGGCAGUUAUAAAAGCCCUGGAGAGGAUAAAAGAAGAGGAUUUUCUCAAGCAUUUUCCAUGUCCCCCAAGUUCACCAAAGAACCUCUGUGAUGCUCUGGAAAUUCAGUGCAAUAAUGGUGCAGUUUUUGUGGCUGGAAGAUACAACAAAUAUUCCAGGAAUUUACCUCAGACCCCCUGGAUUAUUGAUGGGGAGCGGAAGCUGGAAUCUUCAGUGGAAGAAUUAAUCUCAGAGCAUCUGAUGGCAGAAUUCAAGGCAGACAGCUUUAAUUUUAGUUCCUCUGGAAGAGAAGAUGUGGAUGUAAGGACACUAGGCAAUGGCAGGCCCUUUGCCAUGGAGCUGCUGAAUCCCCGCAGGAUCCGCUUCAGCGCCGAGGAGAUGAAGAGGCUGCAGCAGGCAAUUAAUGACUCUUCAGACAAAAUACAGGUUCGAGAUUUACAGCUCGUCACCAGAGAGGCAAUUGGUCGUAUGAAGGAAGGUGAGGAGGAGAAGACAAAGACCUACAGUGCCUUGAUAUGGACAGACAGAGCAAUACAGAGAGAAGACAUUGCGUUUCUAGAUGAUAUCAAGGAGCUGAGGCUGGAGCAGAAGACCCCUCUGCGGGUGCUGCACCGGCGGCCGCUGGCCGUGCGCUGCCGGCUCAUCCACACCAUGAGCUGCGAGUACCUGGACGAGCACCACUUCCGCCUGCGCCUCAAGACUCAGGCAGGGACCUACAUUAAAGAGUUUGUGCACGGAGACUUCGGGAGAACAAAGCCCAACAUUGGGUCCCUUCUGAACAGAACUGCUGACAUUCUGGAGCUGGAUGUAGAAUCUGUUGAUGUUGACUGGCCUCCAACCCUGGCUGAUUAACUUCUGGAGCUGGGAUGAGGAAGCAGCAGCUCCCUGGCAGCAGCUGGUGACCAGACACUGUGCAGGAUCUGUUACAGCCUGGGUGCCAAGGGUGUCCCUGGAAUGCUGGGAUCACGUUGAUCUGCCAGAGGAUACCCUUGGGCUCCACUUUACACACUCAGGACCAGGUAGUGUUGGUUCAGUCUCUAGCCUUACUUUUAUUUCUUCUGUACAUAAAAAGAUUUCGGGGAGCCAGUGUCUAUAACCCUCCAGCCAGCCAGGUUUUAUUUUAAACUCUUUUUCUAUUGGAUACCACAGCUUUCCUUGUGUGGAUGCAGGUAACACUGAGUUACCUGAAACCCACUCCCUAAUUUUUCUGAGCAGUUCAUGCAGGAAAUCCCAAAAUCCAGGGAGACUGCAGCCAGCAGGACAGUGCCUGCAGCAAGUUUCCCUGAGACACUGCUUUUUUUUUUUUUUUUGGUCAGUGGCAGUAGAGAGGAGCAGAUUUGUCUCUCAGAGUGCUUUUCAAAGGGGAAAAAAAAAAAGUUUUCAGAGGAGAACUUUGCACUUAAAACCAAGUUUUUUCAUUUAAAAACGUUGGGGAUGCUUCCUAGAAACAAGAGCCUCCUCAGCCUUUUUGAGGAGUAGGAAUUCCCCAGUGAGUCACAAUAUACAGAAAGUCUGGGAACUCCUGGCAGUGGUGCAUGAUGGGAAUCUAAAAAAAAACAGGAACACCAAGAAUGUCAACGUGCAGGCAGAAACAAAAGGUACCACAGGGUGCUGGUAUCAAGAGAGGUGAGAGAUAAAAAGCUGUGACUUAGCAGCAUAAUGCAUUUUUUCUUGUACCUCACCUUGGAUGGAUGCCUGGAAGAGCUGAACACAGCCUAGGAACUUGCCUGGAAUAGGGAAGAUCUGAGGUUUUCUUUGGUUAUUUUAAAUAUUUCCUACCAAGCACCACCAACAUCUUCAGGGAGUAAUUUUUUAUACCCAGUAUCAUGUUAAUCCAUUAGGGAGGUGCUUCCCUGGAGUACAGAGGAGAGUAUCAACAAAAAAUUAAGGUUUGGAACUUCAGAGCUCUUUGUUAACAUUUUGGGGAUGAAGAGGGUAACAUCUGCCAAGACAAGCCACUGUCUGGGGCCAGGGAGGAUGACUGGGAUGUCUUCCCUGGAAUUCAGUGAUGCUAGAACAGCUCCAUGAGAGCUUGAGCUGGAGGCUCUAAGUGUUAAUAAAUACAUUUUUAAGGAGCUCCUUUAAGGCUCUGCCUGUGCUGGGCUGUCAGAAUUGUGUCUGUAAUGUAAGUAAUUCAGGAGCUCCUGUUUUUCUAACACAAAAAUUUGAUUCAGACAGAAAUAUUAUUUUUGGUUUUAAUACUAAAGCUCCUAUGAGCAACAGAUUCCAUGAGUAGUUCUCAGAUAAUAAUCUGCAGCUAGGAAGGAAAUGUCAUUAAUGAUGGAAAACUAAAGACACUGAAUUCAGAAAACAAAAGAGAAUUACUUAUCUGUGCCAUUUCUUAAAACUCUCAGUGAGCUAAAAUACAAUUUAUAAAUUCCAUAAUCUGCAAGGGAAAGGAAAAAUGUAAACAAGACUGUGCUCUCUGGACACAAGAGGCAUGGGAAGAGCUGCUCCAAGGGAAAUGGAGCCAGAAGGGGAGAGGGAGGGGGCUGCUGCAGUAGUGCCAAGGACACUCCAGGCUCUUCCCUCUGCAGCUCCUGCUGCAGGGGGAUCCCAGGCAGAACCCAGGGUAAACAAGGCCACCAAGAGACCCUCGGUGUGCUGAGCUCUUCUCUGGGCAAGGCACAGAGCUCCUCCCAAAACUCCCAGGCUGUUUAUUUUUAUGGUAAAUCUGAAGUAUCCACAUGGGGGGUGGAAGCUGAUAUGCAAAUAUCCCUGAGUUCUUGAGGCAGGGCACCCAUCACAGCAGAAAUGAAACUGAGAAAUGUAAUCUGGGGCUCUGAACUUUGUUUCCAGCCCAGUUUUGCAACCAUCACUUACGGAAUAUUGCAGCAAUAACAUUCAUGUCGUGCUUGGCCUUCAGCUGAAUUUUAGGAGUAUUUUUGUGAGUGCUCAAGCUGGGUGUUUGGUGAGAGCCAGAUUUCAUCUUGCAUUUCCCCAGCUGGACACCUCUAAUCCUCCCCCCUGCAUUUUGGGUUUGCACCAGCUCAGCUGGGCCUGGAGAGCUGAACUGGCAGCGCAGCUCAGCCAAAAGCAGCUGUGCCCUCUGCAUAAAAACCCAACAGCUCUGCCACCAAACCUGCUGGGGCAGACCAGCCCUCACAGGCCUGAGGUUUUAUACUGGCCACCAGCAACAGGGAGCAGAAAAUACCCCCAAAAAAACCCCAGGAUAAGCAACCAAGAACCUACCUUGUCCCUUUUCCCUGCCUUUCCCGUGGUGAGGGACGUCACCCAGCCGAGGAGGUUGCAGAAGCUGAGCACUUGGUAUAACCAGUUUUUUUUAAUUACCAAACCAACUCGUUUACAAAGGAAAACAGAACUUUGAAAAUAUUUAAUUAUACAGUAAAAACAAAUUGUACUACAAAGAGCUUUCUAUGAAGUGAGUAAAAUGUUUACAUUUAAUAUACUUAAAUCUGAGAACUUAAAAAAAAAACUGAAUAAACAACACGAUUCAAGCUUUCUGUGUAUUUCUUUGGAUUUCUUUCGUCUUUGUAUUGCUUAGGAACGUGGAGGAGAGGUGCAGAGGUGAGGAAAAACUGCUUUAAAACAGGGGAGAGUCAAUUCAGUUUGUUGUGUAAGCUGGAGUUAGGGGAAGCAGUCUCCAAAGUUCACCUGACUGAGGGAAUUCCAGCAGCAGCACCAGAGUGCUCCCAGUGCUAUGGAUUCCUGCAGGGAAGGCAUCCCUGCUUUCCUGUAAGCCACAGAACUUCUGGAGCACCUUUCCUUGUGUACAACUCUACAUCUCAAGAGGCUUUUUUGAUCUGGGGGGAGGGUUUUAGACGUCAUUGCUUUUUUGUGGUUGCUGUCAUUGUGCAGUUUUACGUCACCAAAAGGUGACAGCGGGGACCCUUACCUGCCCUAAAGAGCAGCUGCGUCCCUUGAGAAAUACACAGACGUUUCUCUGUGUUGCUUCUUAAAGAAAUAACAGUAUAAUAAAGUAGCCAAGGCUGGAGUGUCUUACCCAGCCAGUUACCUCCAGCUGGAGGUGUCAGAACAGCUCCUGCUCAGGCUAAGAGCGAAGACUGGGAAUCAAGUGGGUGGGAAGAAGUUCUGGUUCCUGAUACAGAGGACAGAGGAGCGGUUUUAAUUAGUACAGACUGAAAUGGCUUUAAAAGUUGUUAAUAGAGGUGAGGCUGCACCAAGGCUUUGCCCUCCUGGGAGGGGGAGGCAGGAUCUGAGCCUUCUUUGAAGCAGUCUCUUGCAUAGCAGGAAACUGCCAGGAUACCUGAGGAAAGAGUGAGUAGAUACUCGGGCUCCAGAGAUUCCUGCCUUUCCAAAUCUCACUCACAUGGCAGCUGCAUACACACACACACAACUUGCAGAGCGAUAACAGCUUCAUUCCUAAAGCAACAGGGGCAUGGCUUGUAAAACAGUGCAUUCUGGGUGAAGUGCAGACAAGUCCUCACUUUCUGUUCCUUCUCUUGUGCAGUGAUUUCCUUUACAACAGAGCUGGACUAUUUAAAAACUCAAACCUUCCGGUCUUUUUAAAUACAUCUAACAAUGACAUAGUCAUUAAAAAAAAAUUUACGAGUAAAUUUGCCUUCAAAGCAAACAGAAUGCGGUGACUGUGGAAAAUCAAUACAUGUUCUCAUUGUAGGAGAAGAAUAUUUAUAGAAAGGGGGUUAAGAACCUAAACCUUUCAAGUAUGCUGAGUAGAACUCAGGUGCCAUUCACUACACGAGACUGAAUUAGAGUGCUCACGUGCAGGGUUUUUUUCCUCAUUUCUGUCCUAUCAAAAUUUAAAUUUCAUUUCUAUAGCAAAAAUGGCUAUUUCAGAACAACUCCAACCCUGUGAAGUAUAUGAAAUUUUAACCCUUCUGAAGAUGCCAGCUCUUACAGUCCCCAAAGGUAAGGAAGCGUUAACAGUUCCCACUUCCAACAGCGAAAAAAAUACGUCCGUAAGGUACUUUUAAGGUACAGAAACCCCAAACCCUAUUCCCAC